AUGGGACAACGUUUGUGUCUGCUGAACGCGGCCAGUGUGAACUGUCGGGAUGAUCGGGCAGUCGGGGCACAGAUCGGGAGCCAAAACACAGGCAAGGUCUUUCCAACGGAUCUAGCACGAGAGAAGCUAGAGUUAACAGAGGAGCAGCAAGAAGCUUACAAAAUCACAAGCCUUACGACGUUACUCACCAAGUUGCCGCUACUGGAUAAUAACGCGAGUAAACUGUCCGAAAGUACCGAGACUGUAUGCCGAGAAUUUACGUUUUCUCAAACAUUUGGGCCAGAAACAACUCAAUUGGAAUUAUUUGAGCAAACGGUACAGCAGAAAAUGAUUGAUUUCUUAGCUGGGCAAAAUUGUACUAUAAUGACAUAUGGUACUACAAAUUCUGGCAAGUCUUAUACCUUGCAAGGGACCGCUACUUCACCUGGAAUUAUAUCACGAGCACUGGAAUUUGUGUUUAACAAUAUUACAACAAGACCAAAUCCAUUUUAUAAACCUGUGCAUUAUAGCGACGUUAUCAAUCUUGACGCACUUGAACGUACACAAGAGUUUCAAGCAAAAACUAAAUUGCUGACAUUCUGUUUCGUAAAUAGGCUUCAGAACCGAAGUACCUACGAACAAAUGCAAAAAUUGUUGCAAGAGGAAUCAACUGGGGCGAAUUGCCCCAGUCAGUGUUAUGAUGCUCAGUACUCAGUUUGGGUUUCAUUUGCGGAAAUCUAUGAUGAAAUUGUAUAUGAUUUAUUGUCAAAUGAAAGCCAGGAAAAGAGGAUACCUUUGAAAUUAGUAACGGACUCUAAUGGCAGAGCCUUUAUAAAAAAUUUAAAGACUAUUUAUGUUAACUCGGCGACAGAAGCUUACCAGAUCUUAAUGGCGGGGCAAUAUAAUUUAAAAGUAGCCGCAACUGCAUUGAAUGCAGAAAGCUCAAGAUCUCAUUGUAUAUUCACAAUUAUAUUGUUAAAAUAUUAUGCAGAAAAUUUACCAGAUAGCGUUGAAGUGAGCACGUUUUCCUUUUGUGAUCUGGCGGGCUCGGAACGUUUAAAGAAGACGUUGAAUAUCGGGGACAGAUUGAAAGAAACGCAAAAUAUUAACACUAGUUUACUAGUGUUAGGCAAGUGCUUAAAGUCCAUCCACGAAGGACAAUUGACAAGAACGAAGACUGAUACCGUGGGACCAUUCCGAGAAUCAAAAUUAACCAGAUUAUUCCAACAAGCAUUAUCGGGGAAGGAAGAUCUCGCUUUAAUAGUUAACGUCAAUCCUCUGUCAAAUUUGUAUGUGAAAACCCAAUAUGUUCUAAAUUGGUCUGCCAUCGCAAAAAAAAUUAUUAUAGAAAGGAAGAAGCAAACACAAAAAAAAUCUGAAUCAAAGUUUUCUCAAAUAGUCAGGCAAAGUAUGCAGAUAUCAUUUUGA